GGGUGAGUUCAGGGACUGUGCAGGACUGAUCCAACUGAUGCAGAAGAGUUUAUGACUGGAAUUGAUCCACGUGGGGAAUCAGGAAUGCGAUGUUAAUUCUGGGGCCUUGACGUUUUACAAUGCCUGAUCAAGACAGAAAGGUGAAGACCACAGAAAAGUCAACUGAUAAAAAACAGCAAGGAAUCACCACCAGGGACUAUUCCGAUCUUAAAAGACUUCGGUGCCUUUUGAAUGUUCAGUCAAGCAAACAACAGCUUCCAGCCAUUAACUUCGAUAGUUCCCAAAAUAGCAUGACGAAGUCUGAGCCCGCCAUCAAGGCGGGUGGACCCCGAGCUCGAGGUCAGCGGCACGAGUCCACAGAAGCUGUUGAACUUGAGAAUUUUAGUAUAAACUACAAGAAUGAGAGGAAUUUCAGCCAACAUCCCCAGCAUAAACUAUUUCAGGAGAUCUUCACAGCCUUGGUGAAAAAUAGACUCAUUUGCAGAGAGUGGGUUAAUCGAGCCCCAUCUAUUCACUUUCUGAGAGUGUUAAUCUGUCUGAGACUACUCAUGAGGGAUCCAUGUUACCAGGAAAUACUCCAUAGCUUGGGUGGAAUUGAAAACCUAGCUCAGUACAUGGAGAUGGUGGCCAAUGAGUACCUCGGCUACAGUGAAGAGCAGCACAGUGUGGACAAGCUGGUCAACAUGACAUAUAUUUUUCAAAAACUUGCUGCUGUCAAAGACCAAAGAGAAUGGGUCACCACAAGUGGAGCCCACAAGACAUUAGUAAAUUUACUCGGUUCCCGAGACACUAAUGUUCUGCUGGGCGCCCUUCUGGCUCUGGCUAGUUUAGCUGAAAGCCCAGAAUGUAGGGAGAAGAUAAGUGAACUCAACAUUGUAGAAAAUCUGCUGAUGAUUUUACAUGAAUAUGACUUACUUUCCAAAAGACUGACUGCGGAGUUGCUGCGCCUCCUUUGCGCGGAGCCCCAGGUGAAGGAGCAGGUGAAGCUCUAUGAAGGCAUCCCCGUCCUCCUCAGCCUGCUCCACUCCGACCACCUGAAGCUGCUCUGGAGUGUGGUCUGGAUCCUGGUGCAGGUGUGCGAGGACCCCGAGACAAGUGUGGAAAUCCGCGUUUGGGGCGGCAUCAAGCAGCUUCUUCAUAUUUUACGAGGAGACAGGAAUUUGGUUUCCGAUCGCUCUUCCAUCGGAAGCCUGUCGAGUGCAAACGCGGCAGGCCGGAUCCAGCAGCUCCGCUUGUCGGAGGAUUUAAGCCCUCGGGAAAUACAAGAAAACACUUUCUCUCUUCAAGCCGCCUGCUGUGCUGCCCUCACGGAACUGGUGCUCAGCGACAGCAACGCCCGCCAGGUGGUGCAGGAGAAUGGUGUAUAUACAAUAGCGAGAUUAAUUUUACCGAGCAAACAAAAGAAUGCAGCAAAAACGAACCUAUUACAGUGUUAUGCUUUCAGAGCCUUGAGGUUUCUCUUCAGUAUGGAAAGAAACAGACCACUCUUCAAAAGACUUUUCCCCACCGACUUGUUUGAGAUCUUCAUUGAUAUAGGACAUUAUGUUCGUGAUAUCAGUGCUUAUGAAGAUUUGGUUUCCAAGCUGAAUUCAUUAGUGGAGGAUGAACUAAAGCAAAUUGCUGAAAAUAUUGAAAGCAUUAAUCAGAAUAAAGCUCCUUCAAAAUAUAUAGGCAACUAUGCAAUUUUGGAUCAUCUUGGAAGUGGAGCUUUUGGCUGUGUUUACAAGGUUAGAAAACGUAGUGGUCAAAAUCUCUUAGCAAUGAAAGAAGUCAAUUUACAUAACCCAGCCUUUGGGAAGGAUAAAAAAGAUCGAGACAGCAGUGUGAAGAAUAUUGUUUCUGAAUUAACCAUCAUUAAAGAACAGCUUUAUCAUCCCAAUGUUGUACACUAUUACAAAACAUUUCUGGAAAAUGAUAGGUUGUAUAUAGUUAUGGAACUUAUAGAAGGGGUCCCUCUUGGAGAGCAUUUCAGUUCUUUGAAGGAAAAACAACUUCAUUUUACCGAAGAAAGACUAUGGAAAAUAUUUAUUCAGCUGUGCUUAGCUCUUCGGUACUUACACAAGGAGAAGAGGAUUGUCCACAGAGAUCUGACACCAAACAACAUCAUGUUGGGGGAUAAGGACAAAGUAACAGUGACUGACUUUGGCCUGGCAAAGCAAAAGCAAGAAAACAGUAAACUCACAUCAGUUGUUGGAACAAUCCUGUAUUCCUGCCCGGAGGUACUGAAGAGUGAGCCCUACGGGGAGAAGGCUGACGUGUGGGCUGCAGGCUGCAUCCUCUAUCAGAUGGCCACGCUGAGUCCUCCCUUCUACAGCACCAACAUGCUCUCCCUGGCGACCAAAAUAGUGGAGGCGGUGUAUGAGCCAGUGCCAGAAGGCAUCUACUCGGAGAAAGUGUCGGAUACCAUCAGCAGGUGCCUCACUGCUGAUGCAGAAGCCCGGCCGGAUAUUGUGGAAGUCAGCUCCAUGAUAUCGGAUGUUAUGAUGAGGUACGUAGAUAGCUUAUCUACAUCCCAGCUGGCCUUGGAAAAGAAACUGGAGCGGGAACGGAGGCGCACACAGAGGUACUUUAUGGAAGCCAACCGGAAUGCCGUCGCGUGUCACCACGAGCUGGCUCCACUCCCUCAGGCGCCCGUGGAGAAGGCGAGUCCGAGCAGCAGCCGCGCGGCCAGCCUGAAAAGUGAGCUUUCCGAAAGCGGGGACCUGCCCCCCGACGGUCCCCAGGUCCCCUGCGGUAAGGAAGAAGACAGGGCCUGUGACGAAACCCUGUCAGAUGAUACCUUCAACUUGGAAAAUAUCGAGAAAGAUAUAUUCUCAGAGCUAGACGAUGAAUUGGACAUUUCGGAUAACUCCAGCAGCUCCAGCUCAAGCCCUUUGAAAGAAUCUACAUUCAGCAUUUUAAAGAGAAGUUUUAGUGCUUCAGGAGGAGAAGCGCAAUCCCAAACGAGGGACUUCACUAGUGGAGUGGGAUCAAGACCAAGACCAGGGCCACAGAUGAGCACAUUCUUGUGGCAAGCAUCUGCAGGGAUUGCGGUGUCUCAGAGGAAAGUACGUCAGAUCAGUGAUCCUAUCCAGCAGAUCUUAAUCCAGCUGCACAAAAUCAUCUACAUCACACAGCUUCCUCCAGCAUCGCACCACAAUUUGAAAAGAAGGGUUAUAGAGAGAUUCAAGAAAUCCCUCUUCAGCCAGCAGAGUAACCCUUGUAAUUUGAAAUCUGAAAUUAAAAAGUUAUCACAGGGAUCCCCAGAACCGAUCGAGCCCAACUUCUUCACAGCAGAUUACCAUUUAUUACAUCACUCAUCGGGUGGAAACAGCCUGUCCUCACUCGACCUGGCAGGCCUCCCCACCAGCGCGGAUGUGGAGGAGGGACUAACGUAUGAGCAGAUGCAGACUGUGAUUGAAGAAGUCCUAGAGGAAACGGGUUAUUACAAUUUUACUUCCAACAGGUUUCACUCCUACCCGUGGGGGACCAAGAACCACCCAACCAAAAGAUGAACAUGCUACAUUGUGAAUAAACUGGGUUUCCCCUGUGAAGUUCAAGUUCUGGACUUCAGCCACUACGGCAAGAUGCCUAAGGACUGGGUACGGUGAAGAGAGUGUGGACGAGAACAGACCAAGAUGCCUGCAGGGCCGCGGUGCUCAGAGGCUCGAUUCCUGGGCUGCAUCAUACACGGGCGGCUCCGGGAGAAAAUGCUGCACAACGCCUCAUGGGAAGAAACCCACUCCUCACAGAACCUUCCUCCAAGUUAGAAACAAAACAAAACAAAACAAGAA